AAAGACCUGACUACAUACAUAUUCACUCUUCAAAGCCAUUUCUUGCGAUCUCUCAUUCUACUCAGUCGCACCAACAUCCCUACUCGUCGCAUACUGGGACGAGCAAAGCAGAGACGACGAGAAUGGCCGCGGCGCAACAGUACUACGAACUCUACAGAGGCAGCAGUAUUGGCGAGGCGCUUAUUGACACGAUCGAUGACCUGAUAAACGAUGGCCGAAUCGAACCUCAGCUGGCAAUGAAGAUUCUCGCCAAUUUCGAUCGCUCUAUAGCCGAAACGCUUGCCGAGAAGGUCAAGUCAAGACUCACAUUCAAGGGACAUCUGGAAACAUACCGAUUUUGCGACGAUGUUUGGACAUUCCUGGUCAAGAACGUAAAGUUCAAGAGCGAUGGCGGUCAAGAAUUCCAUGCGGACAAAGUUAAGAUUGUGAGCUGCAACUCCAAGAAGCCCGGGGAGCCGUAGUAGUUUUGUGGCUAUCAGAGAUGGGUGAGAAUCGUCAACGCUUGGUGUUGGAUUUGAGCGGCGACAGGCGGCGACAUUGACCAUAUGGCUAUAUGUGGACCUUCAGUCGCAACUUGACGAAAUUGGAAUGGGUUUGCACCGGCGCUGGUGGUUUUGUUAUUGAUACACGCGGGCACGAAGUGUGCUGGCCCUAUGAUACCCAAGAACUGGCAUAUUGCGAAAAGAUCUCGCAGGCAGGCUGUGGAAAAUACACCAGAUUUCAUGACAAAUAUAGAGAGAUCCAUGCUUAGUA